AUGGAUUAACCUUAGAAGGAAGCUCUCUAGUGGGAUCAAAUUUAAGAUGAGGAAUCCCAGCCCCAAUAGCCUGAGUAAAAACAUUACACAAGCAACAAGCCGAAACCCAAAAUGCAAUCCAGAGGGGAGAUUGAGAGAUUAAUUGAUGAAUGUCCUGAUGAGGAAAUCCUACUCAACAUUGUGAAAUGCCAUUUCGAUGCAACCCUUGAGGAAGUGAAACUAGCAUUUCCAAAUUUCGAAUUCCUCAAAGUUGAAAAUUACAAUCCAGGCAGUUUUAGUUUGCUCUUCAAGAAUAAGGAAUAGGCCAAAGAAUUCCUGUUCACAACCAAGGAAACUAAAAUUAAAGACAGAGGCUUCUGGAUCAAAUUCCCCCCUAGGUUUUAGAAGUCCUCCUAGAAAUUACCUGAUAAUCUCAAUAAGCAAAAUCCCUUGCCCCAAACAGGCACCAAAUUUGUAGAUGCCCCAUAGAAGAAUAGGGAUCAAUAUAACAGAAAAGAGCAUGAUGGAAAGCAAUUCAAUAGAAGUGAUGGAUAGAAGAAUUACAAAAAGAAAGACGACGAGGAUGAUGGUUGGGAAACAGUUAUGCCUCACAGAAUGCCAAAACCAUACAAGCCAUACAGAAAGCCAUAAUAAUAGUAAUAAUAAUAGCAGGGUGUUAAGAAAAAUUGAGAAAAUAUAUAUCUUUUAACAAGUAAAUUUAUUAAAA